GCUUCCCACAGUUGAUGCCCCUGGCCACCUUCGCUCGUCGUCCUCUGAUCGGACGGCGAGACCAGGGCGUCCAUCCUCUCGUUUAAUUCAAUUACAUCUCCAUCUGCCUCCGCCGCCGCCGCCGCCGUCGCCGUCGCAGCCAUGUCUCGGAUCUUGAACCCGUUUCAGCUCCUGGAGCUCACAAUCAUGUCCGGUCAGGACCUCCACCAGACCUCCCGCAAGAUGAAGACCUACGCCGUCGCCUGGGUCCACCCGAACCGGAAACUAUCCACCCGGGUCGACUCACUGGGCCACAACCGACCCACGUGGAACGACAAGUUCGUCUUCCGGGUCGACGAGGAGUUCCUCUACAGCGACACCUCCGCCGUCACGAUCGAGAUCUACGCCGCCCACUGGUUCCGCGACGUCCUCGUCGGCACGGUCCGGGUCCUCGUCGGCAGCGUCGCCCCGCCCCGGAACCAGACCCGCCCGAACAACCGGGUCCUCCGACCCGGCAACAAGUUCCUCGCGCUCCAGGUCCGCCGCCCGUCGGGCCGCCCGCAGGGCCUCCUCAAUGUCGGCGUCGCCGUCCUCGACAGCUCGAUGCGGAGCAUGCCGCUCUACUCCGGGUCCUCCGCCGUCGGGUACCGGGAUCUGAUGGGCGGGAAGAAGAAGAACAGCAAGAAGGGCGACGAUGAGAGCAGCAGCAGCAGCGAUGGGGAAAGCAGCUUGUAUUCCUCAAUCCCUAACAAGAAGCAAUUCUUUCUCCCCUGGAUCCCUACCCCCGAAUUGAGGCGGACCAAGAGCGAUUCCAGCUCAACCCUAGAUCUGCCGCCCACGGGGAAGGGGAAGAACAAUCAAAUCGGCAGAUCCAAAGCCGGAUCGAUGUUGAGCGGGCUGGAGAGUUACCGUAACGGCAAAUUCAACAAACCCCGUCAGCCCGAAUCCCGAGGCAGCCAAUCGGAGGUCGCCGGCUUGAUGAAGAACAACAAGCCAAAUCCGAUGCCCUUACCGCCGGGUGCGAGAUUCCUUCACGGCUCAGAUACAAGCUCGUCAUCGGACGGAUUUUCCUCUAUGGUGAAGAAUCCGUAUAUGGGCCGCGCGCCGAUAACGAACUCGGAGCUGGGCCCGUCCGCGUCGGAGGUGGCGGCGGCGACGGUGGCGAAGUUCCGAAACCUAAAUUACAGAUCUGAGAAUGGGACGGAGAGCGACGAGAUGGGCUCGUGGAGCCUGGAGAGCAGCAUAGAGGGCCUGCAAUCGAAAUUGGAGCGGUGGCAGACGGAAUUGCCGGCGGGUUACGCCGGGAGCGAGGUCCGGAGCGAUCCGGCGAGCAGCAGCGGCAGCGGGAGCAGCAUGGUCAGCGGGCCGGGCGGGAGCAGCGUGGUCAGCGGCGGUGGUAACGGCAGUGUGGUGAGGCACGGGAAGGGAGAUAAGGGGGAAGGUGGAUUCACGUGCUUGACGAACAUUUGCGGGUUGCAGUUCACGAUCGUGUGCGGCGGCGCCGCCGCGGCGAAGAGGAAGAAGAAGGCUAAGACACAAAAAUGGGACAAGGCCAGCUCCAUUUCUAUUUGAGCAGGGUGGAGAUUUUAAUUUCCCUUUUUCUUAAAGAGCGCUGGGUGCGUACGUUAAAGGCAGCGUCGAAAGGUAUUUUGUACAUACUGAAAAGGCCGGUUUGGGCCGGGAGGUUGCGGUGCAGGAUAAGGAAGUACGCACCCAGGGUGGAUGUUAGGGGAGGUCGGCGUAUGUUAGCUCAUUUACCCCAUUUUAUUCAAACUCUUUGUCAUCUUCAUAUUUUUGGUCUCGUUUUUUUUUGUUUCUUUGUUGUUUUUCCUCGUUAAUUACUCAAAUUAACUGUUCGGAAAACAGUGGGAAUCAAGAUUUAAUUUUUUUGGGUAAGAAUCAAUAUUUAAAUUUAAGCUCAAGGAGUAUAAGGAUUCAAUUACAAAAUGGACUACCAGAGACAAUAAUACGUAGCUAAUCAAAUUAGCGAUAAAAGAGUAUGUUUACUUUUACCGUCUGUUUGGAUAGGCUAAAUUUUGAGGAAAUGGAUUUCAAUUCUCAAACUUUUCAUGAUUCUCAUGUUUGGAAGUAAAAAAUAAAAAGGAAAUGAAAUUCCAAAAGGUAAAAGUUGGAAAUUCUAAAUCCUACCAAAAGUGGCCGGAAUUGGUGGAGGAGUGAUAGAAUUAGUGGACCCCACAUUAAUUUUGACUCACCUUUACAAGAAAGCCCUUACUACUUUUGGAUUUGAAAUCAUUAAUAUCAAGUGUUUGUGCCUAGUAGAUACUAGGCGGUUUGUGGAGCUGGGGCGAGACGCCUGAUCUCGGAUGUCGGGGAUCACUCUUGAUACUCUGCAAAACAAUGGUCCGGGGCGGUUCGCCCGGGACACUCUCCGAAGCUUAAGUUAGAGAGAGAAGUGGGAAGAUGAGAAUUUAUGUAGAGAGAUGAAUAGUAGUUGGUCUCACCAUUAAUGCACUCACCCUCUAUUUAUACCUGGUUAAAGGGUGGUUGAGGCAUUAAAUGCUGUGUCGGGCGCCCCAGACCUGGUCGGGCGCCCAUUCAGGCUUUUCGGGAAAUGUCAGGCGUCCUGGGCAGGCUUUCAACCUUUCUGCAGGCCGCCUGCGGCUGGCAAUAAAUGCUCAGUCUUGCC